UGCGGAGAUAAAUAAUGAAUUCGUUCACAGGACUGCAGUAGAGUGAUUUGCAAUCAUCUGCCUUGGUGCCGAGGUUUGUGUUUCAAGCGAGGGAGCUGUUUUGCCGGUUUCAGAUCAAAGUUCACCCGCUCUUUUGGUUUCAACCCAAUACAAAUUAAACUCGACGUUUCGAAGCGCCCUUGUUGUGUCUCGCAAAGAAGAAUUCACCAUGUCGUUCGCGGGCUUCAAGAAACAAAUUAACAAGGCGAACCAGUUCGUGAGCGAGAAGAUGGGUUCGGCCGAAGGAACCAAGAUGGAGGAUGAAUUCGUCGAACUAGAGCGAAAAACAGACGUAAUGACAAAUUUAGUGACGCAGUUACUCGGCAAAACCAAAGAGUAUCUUCAACCUAAUCCUGCUGUACGCGCCAAGAUCUACAUGCACAUGGCUGCACAAGGAGCCAAGUAUCCUCAACCCGAAGGAGCUCUUGGGGAUAUCAUGCUGAAAAGCGGCCAUGACUUAGAUCCUCAAGUCUCUGAUUACGCUUCUGCUCUACUCGACGUCGGCAGCGCUCUGAUCGAAGUCGCCGACGCCCGAGAUGUCAUGGAUGCACAAGUGCAUGAGAAUUUCCUCAUGCCGCUGCAUGAGUUAGACGAAAAACAGCUGAAAGAAAUCGCACAGCAUCGAAAGAAGCUUCAAGGACGCAGGCUCGAUUUUGACUGCAAGAAACGAAAGGGGAAUAAGAUCUCUGUGGAAGAAGUGAAAAUGGCACAAUACAAAUUUGAAGAAUCUAAGACGAUUUGCCAAGAGCAGAUGACGGUACUUAUGGGGAACGAAGUGGAACGAAUACAUCAACUCAGCCAACUUAUCUGUGCCAUGCUGGAGCACCACAAGAAAUCAGCCGACACCCUCGAGCGAUUGUUACUCUUACUGAAUAAAAGAGUACAAGCGUCAAGUCGAAACGGUAACGCCGCCGUGAAGCCCAAUCCCGCAGAAGUCUUAGCGGACCAGGGAAAGUCGGAAGCUUCCGCCAAAGGCACGAAUCCUUUGGCCGGAGAAUCGGAUUCCGCCGAGAAGCCGAAGGAGGAGCAAACAGCGAGUAACAAACCAAGCUGUCGGGCAAAAUGCGAUUACAAGGCUGAAAAAGAUGGCGAACUGUCGUUUUCAGAUGGCCAAAUCAUCAUGCUGUCCGAAAAACUCAACGAAAAUUGGUAUGAAGGAAUUUUGGAUGGAAAGCUCGGUCGUGUCCCUGUUAAACAUGUCGAGAUCUUGGUGGAUUUACCAUAAAAGUAUUUUCGAAGGCUGCAACCAAUUGACGCCCUCGAACAGAUUGAAACUAAAAGGUUUCUGAACCAGUUACCUACAUUAAUUAAAAUUCUGUUAACGUGUGGAUUUAAGAUAGAGCAGGAUACGAAAUGAAUUUUUUGUUUCAUUGUACUAGUUUAUUUUCAGCGUUGUUUCUUUUCUAUAAUUGUUUUCACAACAAAGGAGACAACGAUUUACGCGAGGAAUCAAAAUACAGCGAUGUAUCUGUUUUAAGUAAGAUUGUAGGCAUUACGAAUUUUUCAAAUUAGAGAUAAGAUUUUCUAUUUAAAAAAUACUGUUUAGAUCUUUUUGGGUAAGAAUUUCUCUGUAGGAGAUUACUGAAAUAUUAUCAUAACAGAGCUGCCAUCACAGUUCAUUUCCGCCAAUAUUGAAUCGCAUUCAGUCAGAAAAACAUUGUUUUCGAUUUUACAAAUUACAUUGUAUCUCAAGCGCUGUGGCCCUUGAGGAAAUGUUUUGCUUUACUCUAGUAAAAUUACAUUGUUCGAA